GUGUAAUUGUUGCCGUAAAUUUUUAGUUUCUUUUGAUGAACUAGAUUAAGGAUUUGGUGGAGUGUUUUUUGCAAUGAAUGAAGAUAAUAGACAAAUGGAGGUGCAAUACAUAAAUACCGGCUUCCCUUAUACGGUCACUGAGAGUUUUAUGAACUUGUUUGAUGGGGCAACACAUGUGCCUCUGCAUUAUGCUCAUGCCGGACAAAUGCUUGAUCAAGUUCAGGAGUACGCGUAUUGGUCAAUGAACAUGAAUGCAUAUAAAUAUGGAUUUUCUGGGAAUACUUAUUAUGAUUCAUACGAGGUAAAUGAUAAUGUACCAAGAAUUGAUCUUAGUAGGGCAACUUGGGAACACCCUUCAGCGUUGAACAUAGAAGAGCCAACAAAUAUAGAUACACAAUCCGAAGGAGAUGCAGUUGUUGGGGUGCAUGCUUCACCAGAAGAAUGUAUCCCAAAUCAUUCAACCAGUGAAAGUCCUCAGGCUGUUUGGCAAGAUGAUAUUGAUCCAGAUACCAUGACGUAUGAGGAAUUACUGGACUUAGGUGAGGCAGUUGGAACUCAAAGUAGAGGCCUGCCACAGGAACUUAUUAGUUUGCUUCCAACAUCAAGAUGCAAAUUUGGAAGCUUUUUCUCCAGGAGAAAAGCUGGGGAGAGAUGUGUAAUUUGCCAGAUGAGGUAUAAAAGAGGGGACAAGCAAAUGAAACUACCAUGCAAACAUGUUUACCAUUGUGAAUGCAUCUCCAAAUGGCUUGGGAUUAACAAGGUAUGCCCAGUUUGUAACAAUGAGGUAUUUGGUGAAGAAUCAAAGCAAUGAGAAGAUAAAUUCACCACCCUUAUGUUCCUUUUGCCUCCAUUUUUUGUUUUUUGUUUUACGGCUAGUUGUUUUAGUGGUUUAGUAUGGUUUUUGUACACGUAGGAUUAGUGAUUUUCUCAUUUUCCAUAGAAGUUUUGUUUAGUGAAAGAAACGAUGUAGUUUGAGCUUCUAUAUAGCAAGAGUAUGAAUUUACUACGGCAA